AUGAAGCGCCAAGUUUUUGUGGCGAUCAUCUCGUUUAUUGCAUUUUUUGGAAAUAGUUUGACAGUCCUGCUCUUUAUCAAGAAGUCAAAGUGGUUGAAGAAGACUUAUAACUGUUUGAUUCUUGCUCUGGCAAUACAAGAUAUACUCCAAGCUAUCUGUAUCUUGAUUUCUCCUGGGUACAUUUUGCAGAAAGGCGAUUAUACAUUACCUUCCGGCGAAACAUCGCGAUGGAUAUUUUGCAAGAUAUUCUGGUCUCAUUUCUGUAUCUUCACCUUGGGGAUAACCUCUGUUUACACCUGUCUUAUGCUAACGCUUGAUCGCUGGUUAGCAGUUGCCAUGCCCUUGUUUUACAAAAAAUACGAACAAUCGAGGAAAGUCGUAUUUUCAGCUGUGCUUUUCCCUUGGAUUGCCGGAAUGUGCUUAAACGUUACUGAGCCAUUAAGCACGAUGCCAAUUAAAGUAAACGGCACUUUUAUAUGCGUCUGGAAAACACUAGAAUACUUAUCAGAAACUAUUGUCCUCGCAAUAUCUACGUUUUUAUGCACGAUAGUCAUACCUGGUGCACUGAUGGUGAUAGCGUACGGUUGGAUUGUAGUCCACACGAAAAGAUCUCAAACCCGAGUUGCUGUAAUUCCUGCAAAGGGGUCUAAUGCAUUGAAAUCUCUAAAAAGAAUCACAACGACAGCUUUUUUUGCCUCAAGCAUAGUAAUUAUAUGCUGGCUGCCGAGUCAACUCUAUUACGCACUGUCCUACCUCCGCUUGACGAAGGGAGGAAGUACCACACAUUUUUUCCUCAUCUACUUAGCAUUCCUCAAUUCUUGCUUUAAUCCUGUUAUUUAUUGUUUCUCAAACAGAACGUAUAGAAAUGGGCUAAGAGAUUUGUUCAGCUGCAAUGGUUGUCAUCACAGUCAUCCCCUGGCAAGUAAUUUUUAA